AUGCCAAAAACACCAGCCGUGUUUCUUCUCCUCGGUCUCUGUCUGUUCGGGGCAGCUGACGCCCUGUACAAGCAGUGGAUACCCGACACUAACUAUGAAAACCAGACCAACUGGGACAAAGGGUCCGUGCCCUGCGGUAACGACAUAGUGCAGUUCUCGGCUCAGAGGAAAGUGUCCGUGUAUGUGGAGACGGUCCACUCCGUCCAGGAGAUGCGGCUACCGGUGGACGGAGAGUUCAUCCUUCCCUCGGGGGGCGGCUUCACGGUCAGUAAUGGAGAGGACCCCGGUUGCGGGGCGGGCGUCACCGCCCAGUUCAAAGAUGCAGAGUCUCUGCAGUGGUUCGACCCAGCGCUGUGGCAGGCGGCAGAGUCUUUAGACGACCUGAAGAAAGGUCGCUUCCUGUUCUCGGUACACGAGGAGAGCGUACCCUGCCAGUAUGACAACGUGUUGUUCCGCGCUGGCUCCUCGUUCCGCGUGGACACCACCUCCAACCAGCCCAGCGUCCCUGUCCAGAGUGUGUCCGUUCUGGGGAAGACGUUCAGCAGCAGCUCGGAGUUCACCCAUUAUCUGGGGUCACACUCUGGCCGGCUGCAGUUCCACGGAACCUCAUCCCCCAGCGUCGGGGCUUCUGGCUGCAGUGAUGCCUCUGGCUGCGACUGUGGGAACUCUGCGAAUCACAACAGGAUCUGUGGCACCGUGACAUGCGCUCCUAUGAGCUGUAAGAAGCCACUGUACCCCACAGGACACUGCUGCGAAGUGUGCGGCGCCAUCGUCACCAUCCAGUAUUCCUCAGGCUUCAACAUUGAGUCUUAUCGGAAUCGACUGCAGCACCUCUUCCUUGGUCUGCCCUCGUACCAGUCCAUUCAGCUAGGCAUGUCCAAGGUGCUCAAAUCUCAGUAUUUCCUCGGGGUGAUCCCACGUGUGGCUGCAGCCGAGAUCCAAAUCGUGCUCCUGGAUGGGGAGUCUGGUGCGGUGGCAGAGGCCCUGGCUCGGGACAUAUUGAAGGACGUCCAAGCCCAAGGCUCAAACCUGGGCAUAACCGGGUCUGAGUUCCAGGCCUCUUCUGGGGCCACCAGUGGUGACGGGGCAGGGGACAAAGCAGGAGUUGUGGUGGGAGCCGUGUUCGGGGUCCUGAUAGUAGUCGCUGGUCUUCCCCUCCUGGCUGUCCUCUUCCGCAGAGGCGUCAUAAAAAUGCCAACCAUGCCCACCAUCUCCAUCCCUUCUCUGAGCAGCUUAAGGAGAAGCCAGGAGGAGAUAGGGGACUUCACGGACCACGGCUUUGAAAACCCCAUCUUCGACAAGCCCACCAUGAUGCCCGAAGUACCAGGUAUCUAUGGGACUGAAGCCGCCAACUCUAUCUCCCUGACGUCGUCAGGUGUGCAUUUUGUUAAUCCCGCGUAUGAUGAGAACGAGACCUCAAUCGAUUUCACUGCCUGAGACUGUGUGUCAUGGUAUCUGUAAAUAUUUUGUGCACAUUCUUAUGAGAAUAAUUUCUUAUGUGUUGUAAUGUAUCUGAAAUGUAAAAAUAAUAUGUUUC